AUGUCUAGAGAACAACCCGCUGUCAAGCGUUAUCGCAGAGCAGAAUUGGAAAGAGAAUCAUCUAGUGAUUCAGAUGAUAACUAUGUCCCCUAUGUACCUAUUAAGGAGAGGAGAAAAGAACAGUUGCUCAAAAUUGGUAAAUUAACCCAGGUCAGAGAUGAAGCUUCAAAGACCACAAAUAGUGAAAAAGAUGAAGAUGAAGAGAAUUGGGGUCGAAAAUCUAACAUCAGCUUGCUUGAUCAGCAUACUGAACUUAAAAAAAUGGCUGAAGCUAAGAAGGAAAGCGCCAUGGAGAGACAAUUAAAAGAGGAGGAAAAGAUUCUUGAGAGUGUAGCUGAGAAGAAGGCGCUGAUGGGAGUUGCGGAAUUGGCUAAGGGUAUUCAAUAUGAAGAUCCAUUGAAAACGAGUUGGAAGCCACCUGGCUGUGUUCUUAAACUUGGUGAGAUUCGCCAUGAAACCGUGAGGAGGAAGUAUCGAAUAUUAGUCGAAGGUGAAGAUCCACCGCCACCACUAUUAUCAUUUGAAGAUAUGAAAUUCCCUCGAGGAAUAUUAUCCGGGCUGAAGACUAAAGGCAUCUCUAAACCAACACCUAUUCAAGUACAGGGACUGCCGACUGUGUUGUCAGGUCGAGACAUGAUUGGCAUAGCAUUUACUGGCUCUGGAAAAACGUUGGUCUUUGUACUUCCACUGAUCAUGUUCUGCCUUGAACAGGAGACCAGGAUGCCGUUCAUAAAAAAUGAAGGCCCUUACGGUUUGAUUAUUUGCCCUUCUCGUGAAUUGGCAAAACAGACAUUUGACAUCAUUCAACACUAUACUGGUGUUUUGCAGAAGCAUGGUUCACCACAAAUUCGAUCAGUUCUAGCCAUCGGAGGUGUUCCAGUGAGUGAGUCACUUGAAGUGAUUUCACGUGGUGUUCACAUCAUGGUAGCUACUCCUGGUCGCCUGAUGGAUAUGCUUGAUAAGAAGAUGGUGCGGUUAGAUAUUUGCAGGUACCUCUGUAUGGAUGAAGCCGACAGAAUGAUAGACAUGGGCUUUGAAGAGGAUGUGAGGACAAUUUUUUCAUUCUUUAAGGGCCAGAGGCAGACUCUCCUUUUCUCAGCUACUAUGCCGAAGAAAAUACAAAACUUUGCUCGCUCAGCUCUUGUGAAGCCUAUUACGAUCAAUGUCGGGCGAGCGGGUGCUGCUUCAAUAAAUGUUAUACAGGAGGUGGAAUAUGUGAAGCAAGAAGCGAAGAUAGUUUACUUACUUGAAUGCUUACAAAAGACUAGCCCACCGGUGUUGAUCUUUGCUGAAAAGAAACAGGAUGUCGAUGCCAUACAUGAAUACCUGCUUUUAAAAGGGAUUGAAGCUGUUGCUAUUCACGGAGGGAAAGACCAGGAGGAGCGAUGUAGGUCUGUUGAAGCAUUCCGAGCUGGAAAGAAAGAUGUACUGGUGGCUACUGAUGUCGCCUCCAAGGGUUUGGAUUUCCAGGACAUCCAACAUGUCAUCAACUAUGAUAUGCCUGAUGACGUUGAAAACUAUGUCCAUCGUAUCGGGCGUACUGGAAGAUCAGGAAAGAGGGGGCUGGCGACAACGUUUAUCAACAAAUCAAAUGACGAGAGUGUUCUUCUUGACCUGAAGCAUCUACUCAUUGAAGCGAAACAGGCCGUUCCUCAAUUCCUUGCUGAUUUGCAAUCAGAGAAUGAGAAAUAUUUGGAUCUUGGAGAUGAACGAGGGUGUAGCUAUUGUGGUGGUUUGGGACAUAGGAUUACCGACUGCCCGAAACUUGAAGCGAUACAGAGCAAGCAGGCUUCAAAUAUUGGACGCAGAGAUUACUUGGCGAGCAACGCUGCUGAUUACUAA